GGUAUCAGUAACUUGAAUCAAACUACAAACAACCCAAAAAAUAAAAAACAAAAAUCUGCACCUAUUUAUAAGUAUUUUAAUAUACUUGAUGAUGGCACUUGUGUUUGCAAGGCUUGUGAUAAUAAUAUAGGAAUUUCAAAAAUUGAAAUCUAUUUGCUCUUUUCCAUAUUCAGUCAAUGA